AUGCCACUUAAGUUACCUGAAUCUUCCGAGCUACCAGAACCAGAAGAAGGGUCAGAGGAGGGAAAAAGCGACUAUGAGACUGCAGAUAAAGGAGAUACAUCAGAUUCUGAAUCCGAAUCUGAUAACAAGUCAGAAUCUGAAGAAAAAAAACCAAUAUUUCAAAGAAUAGAAGAUCCAGCUCCAAAAAGAUUAAUAGAAACUAGAAGAAUUUUUGACCAAGCCAUGUUCGAGAAUAUUGAAGACCAAAUUAGUAAUAUUUAUAAAAGAGAAUUAGCUCAAUUAGGGGAUAUUAAAAUAAAAAUAGUUCUUAUUGCUCAUAUAUAUCAGAUUGCACAAGGAGGGCAUUUUGGACAUCGAAUAGAUCAAGACAUAGCAUUUCCAA